AGAAACCCUUGUAGCCAGAGAUGGGGACCAAGCCCACAGAGCAGGUCUCCUGGGGACUUUACUCCGGGUACGAUGAGGAGGCCUAUUCGGUUGGGCCGCUGCCAGAGCUCUGUUACAAGGCUGAUGUCCAGGCUUUCAGUCGGGCCUUCCAACCCAGUGUCUCCCUGAUGGUGGCUGUACUGGGUCUGGCUGGCAAUGGCCUAGUCUUGGCCACCCAUCUGGCAGCCAGACGAACUACCCGAUCUCCCACCUCCGUUCACCUGCUCCAGUUGGCCCUGGCUGACCUUUUAUUGGCCCUGACUUUGCCUUUUGCUGCAGCAGGGGCUCUUCAGGGCUGGAAUCUAGGAAGUACCACCUGCCGUGCCAUCUCAGGCCUCUACUCGGCCUCUUUCCACGCUGGCUUCCUCUUCCUAGCCUGUAUCAGCGCCGACCGCUAUGUGGCCAUCGCACGAGCUCUCCCAGCCGGGCAGCGGCCCUCAACGCCUAGCCGAGCGCACUUGGUUUCAGUCUUCGUGUGGCUGUUGUCGCUGUUUCUGGCUCUACCUGCGCUCCUUUUCAGCCGGGACGGGCCACGUGAAGGCCAACGACGCUGUCGGCUCAUUUUUCCCGAAAGCCUCACGCAGACUGUGAAAGGGGCAAGCGCAGUGGCGCAGGUGGUCCUCGGCUUCGCGCUCCCUCUGGGCGUCAUGGCAGCCUGUUAUGCGCUCCUGGGCCGCACGCUUCUGGCCGCCAGGGGGCCAGAGCGGCGGCGUGCACUGCGCGUCGUGGUGGCUUUGGUGGUGGCCUUCGUGGUGCUGCAGUUGCCCUACAGCCUUGCCCUGCUGCUGGAUACAGCCGAUCUACUGGCAGCCCGCGAGCGGAGCUGCUCCUCCAGCAAGCGCAAGGAUCUAGCUUUGCUGGUCACCGGCGGCUUGACCCUGGUCCGUUGCAGCCUCAAUCCGGUGCUUUAUGCCUUUUUGGGCCUGCGUUUCCGCCGGGACCUGCGGAGGCUGCUCCAGGGCGGAGGAUGCAGCCCGAAGCCCAACCCUCGUGGCCGCUGCCCCCGUCGACUCCGCCUUUCUUCCUGCUCUGCUCCUACUGAGACCCACAGUCUCUCUUGGGACAACUAGGGCUACAAUUCCAGAGAAGGGGGAGGGCUAAAGAAACAAUCCCAGGGAGGGUAAUAGAAAGGGGAGUAAGUAGGGGGACGUUGAGAAAGACUUCAGGAUCUAAAGAGAUUGCCUCUGCGCUUAAUUAAAUUGAUUCUGUGCAAAUGAGAUGCAACCCAACUACUGUUACUAUUUUUGAAUUACCAGCUUUGGUUGCAGCAAGGCCAAGACAGUGGGUUACACCCCACGCCCCUGCUUGCGUCUCAGUGGGAGGUGUGAAGGGACAGGGGUUGCUGAGUCGGCUAAAGCUUUGAGUACUGACACGCCCUAUGCUUCACUCGGUCUCUGCCAACCGAGGUGAGGUGGGAAAGCUGCCAGGUGAGGAGGGGCGGGGUUUCUCCUCGGGAGUCAGUGUAAGAAAGGGCUUUCUAAUAACCCUAUCGCUAUCCAGUAGUGGCUGCUUUAGCAAGUACCUAGAUCCCAGCGUGUGAAAUGUAUGGGGUGAUGCUGUCCCCAGCUGUACGUGCGUGGGUCUGGUAGAGGCUGGAGGCAAGAGAUUCUAGUUUGGGGUAGGUUUUUGGAUCCCUUCUAAAGUCCUGCUGUGCAAAGAAAAACGCUAAUUAAAAAGUUGAGUCUG